CAUAAUAUUUCCCCAUAAAAUGGAUUGUGCCAAUAAAUUGGUUACUUCCCAGCAAAAUUAUUCUGGUAUUACAACGAAUAAGUGUCAACUAGGAAACCAUUAUGUUAAGGUUUUUUAUAGAAUUAGUUCGUUGUGUAAAAUCGAUCAGAAACAUGUAAAAAUGUCAGAUUCUACGAUGUUCAUACGAAGACUAGAACAGCUAAAAGAUAUUACUAAACAGGCUAUGCCUCCUAGCUAUUGGGAAUUUGUAACAGAUGGAAUAUUUUAUAAGGCUCAGCAGGAAGACGUAUAUAACGAAGUUAUUGAAAAUGUUGUGGAAAGAUUAGCCAAAGGCCAGAGUGGUAUAUUGGUGGGAUUCGGUCAAACUGGUUCUGGAAAAUCAACUACAAUAGGAGGUCUAGAAUUUGUAUCCAAUGAGAAUUUUGGCAUGGCACCUAGAGUAGUAAAGCAAUUAUUGGAAAUAAAAAAACAAUUUAAUGGUAGCAACAGAAUGAAAAUUGAGAUGUCCUAUAUUGAAAUGUCGAAAAAUGCUGUUUACGAUUUAUUUAAACAAUAUCCUAAUAACUUAAAUCCCUGGCAUGUUGACAACGAAAGUACAAAAAUUAUUAUUCAUACCGAAAGUCAAGCUUUAAAGGAAUUGUAUAUAGGAGAAGCGAGAAAGGAAACCAAAGAAACAAAGAACUAUUUAUCUCAUAUAAAUACUAGUGUGUUAACAUUUUAUGUUACAGUUGAAGACUUAAGUUUUAAUAACGUUAAUCAAGUUAAAAGAAGGUUGCAUCUUAUAGAUAUGGCAGGAUCAGAUACAGUAGGAAAUCUGACGUGUGUUUCCAAAACCAAACGCGAAGUGGGUUCAGCAAAUUUAGCGAAAACCAGUCUAGAACAAUUCUUCUUAUGUCUUGUGGAGAAGUCGCAAAAAGCUAUCAAGUCUAUGCUAAGAAAUAAUCCCCUAAUAUUCUUUCUAAAGGAUGAUCUUAAUAUCAAUAGUGCCUUAAGAUUUAUAGGGCACAUAAAUCCUGACAAAGAACAUUUGCAAAUUUCUCUUUCGAUGAUGCGGUUUGGACAAAUAAUUAAAGGAUAUAAACCAUCUAGUAUACAGAUAGAACAGCCAGCCAAAAUGACUGCUGAGAAUAAAAUUAGAUAUUUACAACGCAAGCUUCAAGAAGUGGAAGAGGAAAGGAUACAGAAUUCUAUGUUACUCAAUGUAGAUCUCACGUCAAAUAUAAAUUCUGAACGAGCGGAACAUCUCCAAAAAAUGGUCAAAGAUUAUUUGAACAACCAUAUCUCAGAAGUAGAUAUUAUAAGGGUUGCAGAUGCUUCUAUGGCUUUUAAAAUGUUCAAAGAUUUGUAUACUCAGUGGGAGCAAGAAAGACAAAAGCUCUAUAAAGAAGCUAGUUUAUCUUUUGGAAAACGAAUUUCAGACUCUGAUAUAUCGCUACAGAUACAGAAGAAAAAGUGGUCUUCUAGGUCAAGUAGCACCAUGGCGACAACCAAGGGGUCCAAAGAAAAGAGACGAAUUAAAAAGUCUAAAGAUGCUUCCGUGGAUGAAAAAUUGGCAAUUGUGGUGGAAAAAGCAGAUAAGCAAAUUUCAGUACAAUCAUUUUUUGAUUCAAGAGUUAAGUCCCCAACAUUAAAAACAAUAAACAGUCAUGAUAUAUCUUCUGGCUCCAUAUCUCAAAGUACCAAACGAAGGAGAUCAAAAUUCACCACCUCAAUUCAAAGAAGAACCUCCGAAGUCAAACAAAGAUCAGUUAGUAGUUUUACCGACGGCAUUAUUUCAGAUACAUUAGUUACUUCUGAUAUGAUUCCAAACCAAAUCGAAGCAUGGAAUGCAUUUUUAAAAGAACCGAAGUACACAUAUUUCAUGGAAGAAUAUAAAAUUAACGAAAAAAAUAUUAAUAGUGUUUACGAACAGUACAUUGAAGCAUUAAAAUUGUUAAAUGAACAAAAAGUAAAUAUUGAUGCUAUAAAACAGGAAAUUAUAGAGACCAAAAUGAUAAUGAAAUUCAAAUCAACAGAUAGCGAUAAAAACACAGAAGCUAUUUUUAUGGAAGCAGAAGCCAAAUGCAAAGAGAAAAAAGAGAAUGCUGAGAAAGACCACAUACAUCAAAAGGAAAUAGUUUUCAGAUAUCUGUCUGAAUUAAAAAUAUAUUUAGAUCGCCGAAGAGAUUUAAAAGAAGAGUUAACUGGUAAUUUUGAUACAUUUUGCAAAGAAAAAUUUAAUUUGCCAAUACCUACAGUAAAAAGUCCUACAGAAGUAAUCAAAGGGUCUGCAGAUUCUAUCCAAUUGAAUGAAUUCCAUGUAGAUGAAAACAUAUCUGAGAAACUAAUUGAACCAGUUGAAAUUUCAGAAAGUCAAAUAGGCCAAUUUAAAAAAGUAAUGCAGAAAGAACGAACUAAAGUAGUAAAGAUGAGAGCUUUUGACACUAAAAAAAUAUAUGAUAAAAAAUGUUAUUAAUAAUGAUUUAUAUUGUAUGAUAAAUACAUAUUUUUUAAUUAUA